AUGGAGAGAACGCGGCACGCCGGGCACAAGUCGGCGGCGGACUCGACUCUGCCGUACGACGACAUUGUCUUUUCGCGCGGCGGGCGCGGCGUCCGCCAGGCUCGCACGAGCAUACCCUGGUGGAAUCCGCGGUACUGGCGCAAGAGGGCCUGGGUCGGGCUCGGCAUCGUCGUCGCCGUCGUCGUCAUCGUCAUCGUCGCCGUGGCCGUGGUCGUGUCCAAGAAGAAUGCUUAUCCAGACUAUGCGCCCCUUGCUUAUGGCCUGAGUGAUACGUACGGAGGAGAGACCUUUUUUGACCAGUUCAACUACUUUACUGGCUACGAUCCUGCCCAAGGCUUCGUCCAUUAUGUGCCUCGGCCACAGGCCCAGCAGCUGAACCUCACGUACGCCUCGGCCGAAGCAGCCGUCGUCAGAGUCGACACGAGCGUCGGCCCGCAAUCAGACCCCAACGCCUCCACAGGGCGCUUCUCGGUCCGCCUCGAGUCGAGAAAGACCUACAACCAGGGCCUCUUCGUCUUCGACGUCAAGCACACGCCCUACGCGUGCGGCGCCUGGCCCGCCCUCUGGCUGACGGACCCGUCGCACUGGCCCGAGCACGGCGAGAUGGACGUCAUGGAGUCGGUCAACCACGGCGCCGGCGGCAACCUAAUGACGCUACACACCACGGCUGGCUGCUCCAUGGGCGUGCGGAGGAAGAUGACGGGCCGGGCGCAGACCAACGACUGCGACCACGCCAAGGACCAGAACGCGGGUUGCGGCGUCGCGGGCGGCGACGGGUCCUUUGGCGCGGCCCUCAACGCCCAGGGCGGCGGCGUCGUGGCCGUCGAGUGGCGCGAGGCUGGCAUUCGCAUGUGGCAGUUUGCUCGUCGCGCUGUCCCCGACGACGUGGUCCGCAAGAGGCCCGACCCGGCGCGCUGGGGCACUGCGGCGGCAGACUUUCCGAAUACCAACUGCGCCGUCGGCUCGCUCUUUAGGAACAACUCCAUUGUCGUCAACAUUGACCUCUGCGGCGACAUGGUCAACGCCGGCUGGGAACAGUCGGGAUGUCCCGGCAAGUGUACCGAUGUCGUGGCGAACCGGCCCGACCUAUUUCAGACUGCGUUUUGGGAAUUUGGCAGGUUUGAAGUGUACCAGCCAUUAUCAUCACGAUGA